UUAACGAUUUAGAAUCUCUUCCAGAGGAGGGGCUGCGGAACCUCGUUUCUCUCCGGAAACUCUCUAUACAAAUGUGCGAUGGACUGGUUUCUCUCCCUGGAAUAGGCAGCCUCACGUCACUACAAAUCCUUUACAUUUGGGGAUGUCACAAUCUGACGUCACUUCCUCAAGAGAUUAGCAAUCUCACCUCUUUAAAAUUGUUGACAAUUGAAGAGUGUCCCCUCUUAGGGCAAAGAUGCAAGAGGCAAAUAGGUGAAGAUUGGCCCAUCAUUGCCCAUGUCCCAAUCGUAGAUGUGGAUGAGUGGAACCAGCAAGAAGAAACAAUUUCUUCAGAAUCUGAUUUAGAAUCGGAGUCGGUUUGUUUACUUCCAGAGGACGAACUAAUCUUGCAACAACCAUUGCAAAAUUUAGAUUAUAUUACAGUCUGGAGGUUCAUGUAUGUGUACAAGUUGACAAUUUCAGGUGCAGGGCAAAAUUGUAUCAUUUUGAGACUUCCACAACAAAUAUUAGUCAUCCUUGAAGUAGUAUUUCAAGUCUUCUUAAGGCUGCUUAGGGUACCACAGUACUUCAAUCAAUGGGCAUGUGAGACUGGCAAACACUUACAUGAACUAAGCUUUUUGGUGGAGGUCACUGUAUCGGUGAGUCUUGGAAGUGUGAAGUGUGAAAAUGAUCCAUUCCUUUGAGUAUUUUACAGAAAAGGGAAAACACCAAUUCUCUGGGAAGAGACUAUAAUUUGGGAGAGAAUGAUUAUAUCCCUGGUUGACUUCCAUUCAGAUAAAGAAGAUUCGGCCACCAAAGCUUUGUCCUACCAUGUGCUCUUUACAAGCUAGUUUUCAGCAGCCAUGAGAACAUGCAUUUGGAUUAAAAUAAAAGCUGGGUCAUAUGAAUUUUUCCUUGCAUUUAGUCAGGAUGUUAUGCCCUUGCGAGAUUUUUGAUUCUUACCACUUGAAGUAUGAGUGAAUACCUUCAAAAUUUUUGAAGGGUAGGUUUUCUUGUAUGGUUUUAAAUGAUUUACUUAAGGUCAACUUUGUGUACACUUAUUUAUUCUUAUAUUCACAAUUUUUUUGGCCCCAGAGCUUAAUAUUCACAAAUUUUACAAUAUUUUAAAGCUUGAUAUAAUCCAUGAUAGUUCUUCUGAUGAAG